GUGGUCUGUUGAUUAUUGGCGCUCUCUCAGUUUAAGUUUCAACUGUGUGAGCUGAUUGUUCUUGCAGCUGUAACCUGCAGUAACAGUUUUGGACGACAUUUAUUUUUUUUAUUUUAACUCAGUGGACAAUUUCAGCAAAUACGCUCCGAGGAAAGCAGCUUUGUUGGCAACAUGCACGUCAUUAAGCGAGAUGGACGCAAGGAAGCAGUUAGUUUUGAUAAGAUCACCUCUCGCAUCCAGAAGCUUUGCUAUGGACUCAAUUCAGACUUUGUGGACCCUACUCAGAUCACGAUGAAGGUGAUCCAGGGUCUGUACAGCGGUGUCACCACUGUGGAGCUGGACACCCUUGCAGCAGAAACAGCUGCGACUUUAACCACUAAACAUCCAGAUUAUGCAGUCCUGGCUGCACGAAUUGCUGUUUCUAACCUGCACAAGGAGACCAAGAAAGUGUUCAGUGAUGUAAUGGAGGACCUGUACAGCUAUGUCAACCCAUUAAGUAGGCGCCAUUCUCCCAUGAUCUCCAAGGAAACAUUAGACAUCAUCCUUGAAAACAAGGAUCGCCUGAACUCAGCCAUCAUUUAUGACAGAGACUUCUCUUACAAUUUCUUUGGGUUCAAGACUCUUGAGCGGUCAUAUUUGCUGAAGAUAAAUGGCAAAGUUGCUGAGCGACCCCAGCACAUGCUCAUGAGAGUGGCUGUUGGAAUUCAUGAAGGGGACAUUGAUGCAGCCAUUGAAACCUACAACCUGCUUUCCGAGAAGUGGUUCACCCAUGCCUCACCCACUCUGUUCAAUGCAGGCACCAACAGACCACAGCUGUCCAGUUGCUUCUUGCUCUCCAUGAAGGACGACAGCAUUGAUGGUAUUUAUGACACGCUGAAGCAGUGUGCCCUUGUCUCCAAAUCAGCUGGAGGCAUUGGAAUAGCAGUCAGCUGUAUCAGAGCAACAGGCAGCUACAUCGCUGGGACAAACGGAACGUCCAAUGGCCUGGUUCCUAUGCUUCGUGUGUACAACAACACGGCGCGUUAUGUUGACCAGGGUGGCAACAAGAGGCCUGGAGCUUUUGCUGUGUACUUGGAGCCGUGGCAUUUUGACGUGUUUGACUUCUUGGAGUUAAAGAAGAACACGGGUAAAGAGGAGCAACGGGCCAGAGACCUGUUCUUCGCCCUGUGGAUUCCAGACCUCUUCAUGAAACGUGUGGAAAGCAAUGAGGACUGGUCUCUGAUGUGCCCCAGUGAAUGUCCUGGGUUGGAAGAGUGCUGGGGAGAGGAGUUUGAAGAGCUGUAUACCCGAUAUGAGAAGGAAGGCAGGGCCAAGCGUGUGGUGAAGGCUCAGCAGCUGUGGUACGCGGUCAUUGAGUCUCAGACAGAAACUGGGACACCAUACAUGCUCUACAAGGACGCCUGCAACAGGAAGAGCAACCAGCAGAAUCUGGGCACCAUCAAAUCCAGCAACCUGUGCACAGAGAUCGUGGAGUACACGAGCAAAGAUGAGGUUGCAGUUUGUAACCUGGCAUCCAUUGCCCUCAACAUGUACGUUAGUCCAGAACGGACCUAUGAUUUCAAAAAGCUAGCAUCUGUCACCAAAGUCAUUGUAAGGAACCUCAACAAAAUCAUUGAUAUCAACUACUACCCAGUACCUGAGGCUGAGAACUCCAACAAGCGUCACAGGCCGGUUGGAAUCGGCGUGCAGGGUCUGGCUGAUGCCUUCAUCCUCAUGCGGUAUCCAUUUGAAAGCCCAGAGGCCCAGUUGCUCAACAUUCAGAUCUUUGAGACUAUUUACUAUUCGGCCCUGGAGGCAAGCUGUGAGCUCGCAGAAGAGCUUGGUGCCUAUGAGACCUACGCCGGCUCCCCUGUCAGCAAGGGGAUUCUUCAGUAUGACAUGUGGGGAAAAACGCCAACCGAUUUGUGGGACUGGGAAGCUCUGAAGGAGAGAAUAGCAAAGCACGGUGUGAGGAACAGUCUGCUCCUGGCCCCCAUGCCCACAGCUUCCACGGCCCAGAUUCUAGGCAACAACGAGUCUAUCGAGCCAUACACCAGCAACAUCUACACGCGCAGGGUGCUCUCUGGGGAGUUUCAGAUUGUGAAUCCCCACCUGCUGAAAGACCUCACAGAAAGAGGUCUGUGGAAUGAUGACAUGAAGAACCAGCUGAUUGCUCAGAAUGGCUCCAUCCAGGAUAUUGAAGAGAUCCCCGAGGACCUAAAGCAGCUCUAUAAAACAGUGUGGGAAAUCUCCCAGAAGACCGUGCUCAAGAUGGCGGCAGACCGCGGUGCUUAUAUUGACCAGAGCCAGUCCCUUAACAUCCACAUUGCUGAGCCAAACUAUGGCAAACUGACCAGCAUGCAUUUCUAUGGCUGGAAGUUGGGCCUGAAAACUGGCAUGUACUACCUGCGGACGAAGCCUGCUGCCAACCCCAUUCAGUUCACCCUGAACAAGGAGAAACUAAAGGAGGCCCAGUCAGUGAAGAGCGUGGAGGAGGAGACCAAGGAGCACAACAUGGCUGCCAUGGUGUGUUCACUAGCAAAUAAAGAUGAUUGUCUAAUGUGUGGCUCCUAAGGAAAGUGUUCCUUUACAAAAGAUGUUUCUAUAUUCACAUUUUUUUCAAGAUAUAUAUUUGAAACUUCUGUUUU